AUGCUUCAUUUCAAACCAGAGAAAAUAAAGAAAUCUAUGAAGAUAUCUGUAGAUCCAGUAGAUAAUAAAGUAUCAGUAGAUCUGAACCGUAAGAAAUUGUUUGGAAAUCUACACAAGUUACCCACCAUCAUAGAAUCUCAGAAAACUAAUAUAGAUAACAAUAAAAGCUUACUGUAUAAAAGUGCAGAUAUAUGCUACUUAGCAGAUUGUAGUGGUGAAGAAAGUACCAAAAAGAAAGCUGAAACUCCACAUGGAAUUUGCCCGCCAUUAAAGAAUGUGAAAACUAAGAGGUUUAGAAAAACUUUAUGUAACAAAGAAUCAGCGUUUGAAACAGAGAGCCUUUCAAAGGAAUUAUACCAUCUCUUACGAGCUGAUCUGGAAGCGGUUAGUUACAAGACAAAUAUUUUUCUGUGUAUUUAA